AUGAAACCUCCAGUGAUAGUAUUUUUUAUAAUUAUUGGAGGAUGUUUUAUAAGUUUCGCUAAUGGUGCUAACGAUCGUCCAAGGAAAUCAGGGAACACUGUCGAUAUUGAGAUCUUCGGUGGAGCGAUGUGCCUUCAUACAACAAUAUUCUUGCGUCAACAGCUCCUCCCCGCAUAUAAGUUAUUUGGACCUCGUCUACGAAUUCGCUAUCAUCCAUUUGGUGUUCGACGAUACACCAAUUGUGAAUGGACUGGUUCUGGAUUUGAAUGCACUUGUCAACACGGACAGCGUGAAUGCGAUAAAAGUGCUUUGCAAGCGUGUGUUAUAGAGAAUUUUCCACGAACAGAGGAUCACAUCAAGUUAGUGAGUUGCAUACAAGGCAGUGCCGCGUUUAAUACAUCGGUUCGGGAAUGCAUCGAGAAUGCAUCGGCACCAAAGCAAAUCGACUGCGACAGGCUAAUCCGCUGUGCAACGGGUAGUCUUGGCCAAGAGUUGGUAGCUCGUCAUGGAACCACACAAGAUCGUAAAGCUCCAGGGAUGUCAUGGGUCCCAUGGAUAAUGAUCGGUGGAAUCCGUGACAAGGAAGCAGAGAGGCAUCUAAUAAGGCAGCUUUGCUCGCGCUACCUUAAGCCACGACCUUCAGAAUGCAAAAUGUACGGGUUUGAGCCCACAGAAGAUAUUUAG